AUGGUCGAAAUCGAUUCCAUCAACAAUAUCCGCUAUCGUCUAAGAAUAAAAGACGCGCCCGAACCCAGCACCCCUCCAGACUCAGAAAUAUCAUCAAGACUCAAGCUGAAGGAAGGAAAGCAUCACCUAGUCCUAGUCGUCGAAAAGGCUCGCAAGAAGAUGGCAUUUCCAGCACCACCGGGCGAGUAUAGCAACUACGAGAAACUAUUCGACGCAACCACACAACCGCAACAAGCGGUUGCCUAUCUGAAUCUUACACUUGAACCGAACAUGAGUCUCAUCCCUCCUGAGAAAGCAGAAUGGUACAACUGUUUGGAUGGGUAUACGAUUGAUCUCGGAGAGAUAGAAGCCAAACAAGGACACAAAUCACUUUCGAUAACGGGAGAUAUUGGGGAGGAGGCACGGAAGAAACAUGGACAAGUUAGAAGGGAGUUCGAGCCGAACAGGAUGAGACAGUUGAUCGUGAUUGAAGUGAAUUUGAAAUUUGGGCUGGAUGUCACAUCUUGA